AUGGUUAGUUUUAUGGUUAAUGCUGGAGGUAGGUUUAGGGUUUAGGAUUGAGCUUUAGGGUUGUGGUAGAUGCUUAGUGUUUAAGAUCAGUGUUUGCGGUUGGGGCUAGACAUCAGAAUUGGAGCGGGUUUUAGGAUUAAGGAUUAUGUUUUAGGGCUUAGUAUUAUUGUUUGAGGUUAGGAUUAGAGUUUAAAAAUAGGCUUGUUAGAAUGAGGGUUAUAAUUUAGAGUUGGGUUUAGGGUAAGGAGUAGGUGCAGAAUUAAGGUUCGGGGUUUACGGUUGGGGCCCGAGUUCCGUUUAUUGCUAAUUUUAAGGCGUAGGGUUACGGCCAGGGCUAGGGAUUGAGGUUAGGAUUACGGUUUUGGUUCUAGGGUUAGGGGUUGGGUUUUGUACUUUAACGGUAGGGUUUGUGUUUAUGGUCAGAACUUGGCUUAGGUUUGGGGUUUAGGGUUAGAUUCUCAUGUUGGGGUCAGCAUUUGGUUUAGGUUUAUUUUUAGUAUUUAAUAUUGGCUUCUAGGGUUAGGGUGUAGGGUUAGUGUUUAGGGUUCGGGUAUAAGGCUAAGUUCAGGGUUUAGGUUUGGGGUUGGGAUUGGGGUUAGUGUUUAAUGGUAACGUUCAGGAUUAGGCGUUGGGUUUAUUUAUGGGAUUUGGAGUCGGAGUUAGGAUUAGGAUUUAUGGUCAUGGUCUAGAGUCUAGGUCUAGUAUUUAGCGUUGUGGUUUAGGAUUAGACUUUGUGAAUAUGUUUGGGGUUUAGAAAGGGUGUCAGAGUUGAGAACUAGGACUAUAAUCUGGGGUCAGGUUUAGGGUUUGCGGUUAGGAUUAGUGUCAGGUCUUGGCAUCGGUUUUAAGGUUUAGGGUUCGGUACAAGUGUUAGGAUUGGGGUUUAGGGUUAAGGUUUACGAUUGCUGGUUGUGUUAUGUUUAGGUUUGGGAUUAGUGUUCAACGUUAGUUUCUGGAGUCAGGAGGUAGGGUUAGUAUUUAGGGCAAUGUUUCGGUUUAGUAUUAGGGUUGGAUUUGAAUUUAGGGUUUAUGUCCAGGUUUAGGGCCCAAGUUUACGGUUGGGAUAGGACAACUCUUUAAUUUUAAAUUCCAGGAUUAGGCUUUGUAGUGAUAUUUUGGAGUUUCGAAAUGGGGUUAGGGUUGGAGUUUAGGGUCACGGUGUAGGGUCUGGGUUCGAAGUUAUGGGUUAGGGUUAGUGCUUAGAAUUAGGAUUGGGUUUGUUGAUUAAGGAUAGGGUCUAGGACAAGAUUUCGAGCUCGGAUUUGUCUAAGGGUUCGGGUUGAGUAUGCGGGUUUGGGGUUAGCGUAAGGGAUGUAGGAGUGGCCGGUCGUGGACCUAAGUGAAGCUUGACGUAGGCAGUUCACUUGCGCGCAGACAUCAAAUACCCCUAGCGUUCAUCUACUGGCGCCCAACUCUCCCAUGUGGCUCCCAGGAAAUAGACUUCGCCUAGAGGCCACACCCCAGUAACCGCCUCCACCGGUGGGCUAAACCAGGUGCGGAUAUUCAUGUGCGCAUCUCCGCACACGGUAAUCUCGCCUCCGCCGGCAGGAUGGAUCUUCGCAUCUGCAUCUCCGAGAUGAGGCUCCGUCAUGAACAUCGUGGAAGGCCAUAAGGUCAGUGAGUCCCCAGAUAAGCGGACAUUACCCUCCUGUGUUUGCUUUCGCUUGUUCUUGUUUACUUGCCCUCCGUCUGCUUUCGUGUCUGUCCUUGUUGGAAACUAAAUGUCGCUCUGUUGAAUUUCCUCUGUCGUUGCUUCUUGCUGUUCUCGCCUGCUUGCUUGUUGUCUACUUGUUUGUGUCUGUCCUUAUUGUAAGCCAAAUUUCGUUCUGUUAAUUUUUUCCGCUCACCACUUAUAUUUCAGGAAACAGUCAGCUUAGAGAGGGACGGAAAACGCUGCCUCCCAUCCCUCCCCCCUACUAUGUUCUAGGGCGAUGCUGUAGGCAGACCCACCCUAACUCAGGUCGUUCUCCCACAAAACAAACUUCGUGUGCCAUAGCGGAGAGCGGAAUCCGUCUGGUGUGACAAAGAGUCGUAUUUAGGGAGAGCACUGCGUUCCGACGCGAGGAGGAGGAGGAGGAGGAGGAGGAGGAGGAGGAGGAUAUAAAAGAUGUCCCAAACACGAGAUCUGCGCGCAGACCGUGGCUCAAAAGCGCAAAAUAUACGGAUAAAACAAACAAACAAGAAACAAUACUCUCUUACAUCCGCCCCCUCCUCCCGCCGACCCAUUGCACACGCAGCUGAGAUGAGUCCGCUCACUCUGACAGCCUGUAAUUCUAGUCUCCUUCUAGAUUAUCCCAGGAGUGACCGACGGGAACGGAGGACGGCGCUAGUGGCUGGGGAACUGGCGCGCCAUAAGGUGGACAUCACUGCACUCAGCGAGACCAGUUUCUCUUAACAAGGUCAACUGGAGGAGGUGGAUGCCGGCUACACCUUCCUCUUGCACGGUCGUCCCAAGGCAGAGCGACGUGAGGCGGACGUCGCCUUCGCCACCCCGAACGACAUCGCGGAACGACUGCCCUGUCUGCCACAGGGCAUCAACGAUAGCCUGAUUAACCUCCACCUGCCACUCCGAAGAGGCAAAUUCGCCACCAUCAUCAGCAUCUACGCGCCAACAAUGACCGACUCAGACGAGGCGAUAUUAUACGAAGACCUGCACGCACUCCUGGCGUCUGUGCCGGGGAUGGAGAAGCUGAUUAUCCGUGGUGACUUCAUUGUCCACGUUGGGACAGACUGUACUGCCUGGUGAGGGGUGCUGGGUCCCCAUGGUCUCGACGGCGCCAAUGACAGUGGCCUGCUCCUCCGUCGUACAUGCGCUGAACACCGACUCAUCCUGACUAACACGUUCUUCUGCCUACCCAUGCGAGAGAAGGCCACCUGGAUGCCUCCUCGAUCUGGUCAGUGGCACAUGCUGGACUAUGUCUUCGUACGGAGGCGAGGCCAGCAGGACGUGCCGGCGACAGAACAGAUCUCGGUUGCCGACGUGUGAACCGACUAUCGCCUGGUCAUCUCCAGGGUGCAGACUCGUCUACAGCCUUGAAGGAGACCACAAGGUAAGCGACUCCCAGGUAAGCUGAAUAUUGCCUUGUUGUCUUUACCUGCUUACCAUCUCCAUUUCAGUAACGAGCUAGCUCAACGUCUAGCCAACCUUCCAGUCGCCGCCGCUGCUACCGCCGCCAUCGACGAGAACGCCUCAGUGGAGAACCGAUGGUGCCAACUGCGGAACAGUGUCCAGUCGACGGCUCUGGCCGUCCUCAACCCUGCACGUCGCCAACAUCAGGACUUUUUCGAUGACGACGUUACCGCAAUCAGCAACCUGCUCGCCGAGAAGAACCGCCUGCUUGAAUCCCGCAACUAUUGUCCUACCGACGACGACAACAAACCAGACUUCUAUCGUACUCGCCGCCUUCUGCAACGACGGCUACGCGAGAUGAAGGACGACUGCAUGGCUGAAAAGACAGAAGAGAUCCCAGGGUACGCGGACCGCAAUGAAUGUAAGAACGUCUUCUCCGCUAUCAAAGCUGUCUACCGUCCACCGACCAAAGGUACUGCACCUCUCCGCAGCGCCGACUGCAGUAUCCUUUUCACUGAGCGGACACAAAAUCUACAGCAAUAG